AGUCUUGCGCUGGGGAGCGUUUCGGUUUCACUUCCGGUGAGGGGCCGCGCCUGAGAGGGCGGGCAGUGAAGCCAACGGACGGCGAGCGCGGGCGGUGUCAGUGACGGCGGCGCCGCUGCCGGGGGGCGUGCGGUAACGCGGCGGCGGCGGCGACGGCUGGGCCUCGAGCGCCUGCAGCCCACCUCUCGGAGGCGGGCUCCUGGCGCGAGGAAGAACGAGAAGAUGGAGGAGCUGGUGGUGGAAGUGCGGGGCUCCAAUGGCGCUUUCUACAAGUUCUCAAGGACCCGAAUUUGUGCCACAGAACUUCAGGAAAUUAACGGGGACUGUCUGAUUGCUACUGAAUUUUUACCAGGACGGUUUGGAAUGUUUGUUUUGUGCUCUGAAGUGCAUAAACUUGAGUAUAUUCGCUUUGACUUUUGCGGUGUUGCAGUGGGCUAUGUUCUUGAGGUUUUAAAUAGGCAUUCAUGGAACUACUGAGGGUUUUUUUUUUAUACCAUUGAAUAUCAGAUAACGUCGUAUAUUUUUUUAAAGGAACCUUAAAAUACAUGUAAUGUGGUAUGAUUCCUGAUACUGCAUAGAUGUAGAUCUAGCAAUAUUAUAAAGUCUCUUUUUUUGAAUGUUUAUAAGCUCUGUAAGGCCCCACCUCAGUAGAAUAUUUUAGUAACAGAAGCUGCAGGUGGAAGGAAGCAUGGAAAAUAGCUUUUGCCAUUGUCCAACCCUUUUAAGUUUAUCUUGAGCAUUUCAAAUGGGAAAUACUAGGCUAAGCUCAGGAAAGUGACUUUUGUAAAGUAUGCUUUUAUCAAGUCUAUGGAGACAUUUAGUAAAGAUAAAUUUCAUGAAUGAGGGAAAUUUGUAAAAUACUAAUUUAUACUAAAAAUACCCUUUUGUUGUAGCAUGGGAGACAGAAAGAAUGCAGCAUUUUUGUUACUAAUUCUAUCAGUGCAGUUUUUUCAAUUUGCUGUAAUAAAAAAAAAUGUUCCAGUUAGUUUUGGUUAGUUUGCAUUAGAAGGUUUCUAGGUUCUAGAAUGACAGUUUUAAUUGCUAGAGUUGGGGCACUGAGACACAGAUGAGCAAGGGAUAAUAGUUAAGUAGUAUUUUUGUUCAUCUCUAAUACCAGCUUAGAUUUGAGUCCACUGUUAGUUGCUUUUAAUGAAGUUGGCUUGCCAUUGAGGGCAAGUAGUGCAUCCUACUCUUGAAGGAUUUAUUGGCCCCAGUAAUUUUGCUUGCAAACUGACUGGAAUAUUUUUUAAAAAAGUGCUCUGUUUCCACUAUUAAUCCCCUUGCUUUUUUCUUGGCUUUGUUUUUCAACAACUUCUUAAUUUGAAGGUGAACGAAAAUGAAUAGACUUUGAAUUAUCCUUUGAUUCCCUGAGGGGACAUGUAGUACUCUUUUAAAGUGUGUGUUGAAGAAUUGCUAUUGUGUUUAAGUUUAUUUUUGUUUUUUGGUUUUUUUUAAGUUUCAACUGGUCUAUAUUAAAGGAAGGGUACUGACUAUACUGAAAGAAGUUUAAAUUUUACGUCACUUAGAAUAUUGACUGUGAACAGGAGAAAAUAAAGUGGAAGCAUGCUGAGUCCUUUUCUGGUGAGAUUGAUGACAAAGAUGAGAAGUAAAGACCAUUAUGGAAAAACUGGGAACCCUGUUCAUUAAAUUGGUAGAAGUAAAAAUUUAAAGCGAAGCAUUUGUAAAAGAUGUCCAUGAAGAUUCUAUAACAGUUGCUUUUGAAAACAACUGGCAGCCAGAGAGACAGAUUCCUUUCCAUGAUGUGAGAUUCCCACCACCUGUAGGUUAUAAUAAAGAUAUAAACGAAAGUGAUGAAGUUGAGGUUUAUUCCAGAGCAAAUGAAAAAGAGCCUUGCUGUUGGUGGUUAGCUAAAGUGAGGAUGAUAAAGGGUGAGUUUUAUGUGAUAGAAUAUGCAGCAUGUGAUGCUACAUACAAUGAAAUUGUCACAAUUGAGCGUCUACGAUCUGUUAAUCCCAACAAACCUGCUACAAAAGAUACUUUCCAUAAGAUCAAGCUGGAAGUGCCAGAAGAUUUACGACAAAUGUGUGCCAAAGAAUCGGCACAUAAGGAUUUUAAAAAGGCAGUUGGUGCCUUCUCUGUAACUUAUGAUCCAGAAAAUUAUCAGCUGGUAAUUUUGUCCAUCAAUGAAGUCACCUCAAAGCGAGCCCACAUGUUAAUUGACAUGCACUUUCGAAGUCUGCGCACCAAGUUGUCUCUUAUACUGAGAAAUGAAGAAGCCAGUAAACAACUGGAGAGUUCAAGGCAGCUUGCCUCAAGAUUUCAUGAACAGUUUAUCGUACGAGAAGAUCUGAUGGGUCUAGCUAUUGGUACUCAUGGUGCUAAUAUUCAGCAAGCUAGAAAAGUACCUGGGGUCACUGCUAUUGAUUUAGAUGAGGAUACCUGCACAUUUCAUAUUUAUGGAGAGGAUCAAGAUGCAGUCAAAAAGGCUAGAAGCUUUCUAGAAUUUGCUGAAGAUGUCAUACAAGUUCCACGAAAUUUAGUAGGCAAAGUAAUAGGAAAAAAUGGAAAACUGAUUCAAGAGAUCGUGGACAAGUCAGGAGUUGUGAGGGUGAGGAUCGAAGCUGAAAAUGAGAAAAGUGUCCCACAAGAAGAGGAAAAUUUGCCACCAAGUUCCCUACCUUCCAAUAAUUCAAGGGUUGGAUCUAAUUCCUCUGAAGAAAAGAAACAUUUAGAUACAAAGGAAAACACCCAUUUUUCUCAACCUAACAGUACAAAAGUCCAGAGGGUGUUAGUGGUUUCAUCAAUUGUAGCAGGGGGACCCCAGAAACCUGAACCCAAGGCUUGGCAGGGGAUGGUACCAUUUGUUUUUGUGGGAACAAAAGACAGCAUCGCUAAUGCCACUGUUCUUUUGGAUUAUCACCUGAACUACUUAAAGGAAGUAGACCAGUUGCGUUUGGAGAGAUUACAAAUUGAUGAGCAGUUGCGACAAAUUGGAGCUAGUUCUAGACCACCACCAAAUCGUACAGAUAAGGAAAAAGGCUAUGUGACUGAUGAUGGUCAAGGAAUGGGUCGAGGUAGUAGACCUUACAGAAAUAGGGGGCACGGCAGACGCGGUCCUGGAUAUACUUCAGGAACUAAUUCUGAAGCAUCAAAUGCUUCUGAAACAGAAUCUGACCACAGAGACGAACUCAGUGAUUGGUCAUUAGCUCCAACAGAGGAAGAGAGGGAGAGCUUCCUGCGCAGAGGAGACGGACGGCGGCGUGGAGGAGGCGGAAGAGGACAAGGAGGAAGAGGAAGAGGAGGAGGCUUCAAAGGAAAUGAUGAUCAUUCCCGAACAGAUAAUCGUCCACGUAAUCCAAGAGAGGCUAAAGGAAGAACAACUGAUGGAUCCCUGCAGAGCACCUCCAGUGAAGGGAGCCGGCUGCGUACCGGGAAAGAUCGGAACCAGAAGAAGGAAAAGCCAGACAGCGUGGAUGGGCUGCAACCACUCGUGAAUGGAGUACCCUAAACUACAUAAUUCUGAAGUUAUAUUUCCUCUACUGUUUCCGUAAUUCUUACUCCAUUUUAGAAAACUUUAUUAGGCCAAAGACAAAUAGUAGGCAAGAUGGCACAGGGCAUGAAGUGAACACAAAUUCUGCAAAGAAUUUUUUUGAUGUUGGCCAUAAUCAACAAUCUUCCAAGUUUGCACAAAAAGAUCUUGAAAUUUGAAGCAUAUCUUUUAAGUACACUUAACACUUCAGGGCAGGAUUUUACUUUAUUUUUUAAAAAUACUAAGCAGUGAUCUUUAUUAACUAGGACCAUUUUCCUGCAUUGGGCUAUAUAACUCAGCAGUACAUUUCAGUCUUUCUGGGUAAAUCACAUUUGUGGUAAUCAUACUAGAUCUCUGUCUUCAGUCCCAUUUAAUGUCUCCAUGAAAUGCUGUGCCAUUUCAUGUCCUGUGUCAGUUUAUGUUUUGGUCCGCUUUUCCAGUAUUUUAGUGGACCCUGAAAUGUGUGUGAUGUGACAUUUGUUAUUUUCGUUAGCAAAAAAGUUGUAUGAUCUGUGCCUUUUUUAUAUCUUGGCAGGUAGGAAUAUUAUAUUUGGAUGCAGAGUUCAGGGAAGAUAAGUUGGAAACACUAAAUGUUAAAGAUGUAGCAAACCCUGUCAAACAUUAGUACUUUAUAGAAGAAUGCAUGCUUUCCAUAUUUUUUUCCUUACAUAAACAUCAGCUUAGGCAGUAUAAAGAAUAGGACUUGUUUUUCGUUUUUGUUUUGUUGCACUGAAGUAUGACAAAUAGUGUUAUUGGAAGGGAUGUGUAAUUUUUCUGUAUAGACAGGAAAAGAAAUAACUAUCUUUUCGUUUGGGAGAGGCUAAAGAUGUUUUCAGCUACUUGCAAAUCUUCCUGGUCGAAAGUUAGUAGGAUAUGCCUGCUCUUUGGCCUGAUGACGAAUUUCAACUUAGAACCUUUUUCUUUUGUCCUCCCCAAGUUUUGUCAAGUUUUUCAUUCAUAUUUUACAUUAAAGCUUAUUUUGGGGAGAUAUGAAGGUCAUCUUCAUAAAUACAUAAUAACCCUCAAAAGUAUAUAGGUACUUUGUUUGAGAAACAUUGAAAGCAGGUUAAAUGUUUUGUAGCUUUGAAAUACGAAGUCUAAUGUAUAAGCAGAACUGAAAAACAGACCUACAAUUAGUUAAAAAUAAUUCAUUUUUUUUCCUUUUUGAUGUGUCAAGUCUUAUUUUUUGUUUUUUUUCUCUUUUUAAUGAAUGAAAUUUACUGAAGAAAAAUAUGUGAAGGACCUUCACUCUGAGAUGUUAUAUUUUUCUUAAAAAAUAACUCCGAGUAGGGGUACCACUGAAACUGUACAGAGCCGUACAAACCGAAGUUCUGCCUCUGAUGUACUUUGUGAAUUUGUUUCUUUGAAUUUUCAUUUUUCAUUUAGUUUUCCUUGCAUACAAAUAAGCAUAAUGGCAACAAACUGCACAUGAUUUCACAAAUAUUAAAAUGUCUUUUAAAAAGUAUUGCCAAACAUUUAAUGUUGAUUUCUAGUUAUUUAUUUUGGGAAUGUAUAGUAUUUGAAAACAGAAAUUGGUACCUUGCACACAUCAUCUGUAAGCUGUUCAGUUUAAAAUACUGUAGAUAAUUAACCAAGGUAGAAUGACCUUGUAAUGUAACUGCUCUUGGGCAAUAUUCUCUGUACAUAUUAGCGACAACAGAUUGGAUUUUAUGUUGACAUUUGUUUGGUUAUAGUGCAAUAUAUUUUGUAUGCAAGCAGUUUCAAUAAAGUUUGAUCUUCCUCUGCUAAAUUGAUGUUGAUGCAAUCUUUACAAUGAUUGCUUUUAAAAAUUUUAAGAUAGGAAAGAAAUCUAUAGAAAGUGUUCUGUUACAAAAUGUAACUGUUACCAUUGGAAAUUUCACAUGUCAUAGGAGAUUAGCCGUUAUUUACCAACUUUCAAGAUCGUAAUCUUGUUUAAUAAGGUGAAAUAUCAACAAUUGGUACACAGUCACAAUGUACCGUUAAAAUAUGCACUAAGUCUCUUUUUUACAAAGGCUGAAUUCAGCAAGGCGCUAACUUGCUUAAAUGUGAAUUACUAACUUCUAAAACUGUAAUUUGAUUCACAUGUUUUCAAAUGGAGUUGGAGUUGAUUCAUAUUACAAUAUUUGUGUGCAAAAUGUGUAUGUUUUUCAGUUCAAAGUCAUGUUUUUAAAAUCUUAUUAAAGUUUCAAAAAUCUGGAGAUUGUUUAUCUUAUCUAGAUGUAAAUUUUUAUUAAAAAGUUGCACUUAUGAAAAAGCAAAA